AGUAUCUAGACAUGAAAUUGCACCAAAUUCUGCUAUACUGACCGGACGUAUUCUUCCCCCCUGUAACCCCACCACGUCGAGCCACGUGGCCUCUUUCGAAGUUCGAACUGAUCCUUCGCUUGACCAAUCACGUGAAGAUCGCCUGAUCGCGGUCCCCUGUAUAGGAACGACCCCGCCAACACCAACAUGAACGUUCCAGAUGAUGACGCAAGUAGCAGCAGCAGUAGCAGUCGCGGGAAAAAGGCUGGUCUGCUGCUCACCGUGCGCCCUCCACCGUUGGAUGAGGCAGGAGAAGAGGACACCGCUCUGCCCCUGCAAGCCAUUGCGGAAGCCUUCCGCAUAGCCGCGCUGCAGAGGAGUGCAGCUUUUGAAAUUGCAGACGACAACAAAAACGAUGGUGACUCGUUUGAUGAUGGUAAUCAACAUGGCCACGUGGGUUUGUACCAUGCGGGUAGCGUUGGCAAUGAUGAGGCAGGAGGGAAAGGAAUAGGCACAGAAAUGCUCUCUGCGGCGGCGGCGGCCGACAUUCAGCGGGUCGAUAAGGAGGACGAGGGUGGGGACCACCAGGGUUCUGCAGAUGAGAAGAAGCUGGGAACGAGAGUAAGAGAACAGCAUCAGGAUGAUCAUCGGGGGCAGAGGUCGGUCAAUCGGGCAAGGGCAAGUGACCAAGAAGGAGAGAAGGGGGAUGGCGAUGGCUCUUCAACCCCAGCUUGCAGCAGCAGAAGCACAAGUUAAUUGGCCUGCGGAAAGAGGGAGACAGGCCAAAGGGGGCAGCAGCAUUCAGAGGGAGUGAGCGCAAAGGGGCGCACGCAACUUCGGAAGUUCACUGAUUCACAAUACUGAAAACAACUUAGCAAAGCAACAUGAAAUCAGAGAGAGAGAGAGAGAGAGAGAGAGAGAGAGAGAGAGAGAGAGAGAGAGAGAGAGAGAGAGAGAGAGAGAGAGAGAGAACAAAGGGGCGCACACAACAUCGGAGUUUACCGAUUCGCAAUACGAAAAUAAGGGAAGCAACAUGUAUAUAUAUAAAGAUAAAAAAUUAAUUGAUAUCUUUUUUGUUCCCUUUGUUUUUUUCGCUUCUGCGCUCUGAUAACUCUGUGACGAUAUGUAUGUAUAUAUACACAGCGAGGGAGAGCGAGCGAGCGAGCGAGCGAGCGAGAGAGAGAGAGAGAGAGAGAGAGAGAGAGAGAGAGAGAUUUACCGUUCAUGGAUGAGUGAGAUCAGAAGUAAAUAAGUUCAGAAGUU